AUGAAGAUCUACUUUCUCUCCCUCCUCCUACUGGACGGGCUUGUUGUCGAGUUCAGCAAGUACGACUCCGCCAAGGCGCACACGUACCUGAACUUUGCCGCCCAUCGGCGUUGCAGCAACAACUUUCGUGACGAGUGUAUGCUGGGCAUCUUUCAGACCGCGCUGAAACAACUUGAGGUCCUCACGGAGAAGGGCUUCAUCGCGGAGGUGGUGGAACUGACGAAGGACUGCCUGACCUACGACUUUAUGGCCAUCAUGGUGGACGAGACCGAGGACGCCCUCUCCGCGCAGUUUCCAACCCCAUGGAAGGAGAUUCUGCUGAUGCCUCAUACGCAGGAUGUCUUGUGGGGUCAGCACCGGGCCCUGCCCUAUCCCCACUGCGAGGUUCUUCUCACUGGCCUGGCCAGCCUCUGCGGCGUCCGUCGCACCUUUUUCGAAACUCAAGAGGACCGCACCGCCUACAUUGACGAGGCACUGAGCCGUCUCGUCGAGAUCCUGGCAAAUCCGCCGCCCGACUACCGGCUCACCGUCCCGCAUUACGUGAACAGCUUUGCAGAGGCUUGCACGCGGCUCAUCGCACCCUUUGGCUAUCGCGAUUUGCACGUCAGCAACGUCUUUCUGACGUGGGUGAAGCAUCUGUAUGCGCUCUCGCAGCAGGUCUUCGCUACACCGUUUGGGCAAAGCGGCUCCUUCACAACGGCUACCACUAUGAUGAACUUCUGGGCACGCCUGUGCACCUCGCGGCGCAUGUACGCUGGCAUCGAUGAGCCUCCUAGUGACAUUGAGCUGCUGGUACCGUCCCUGGUGAUGGACAUCUUCCGCUCCCGUGUACACGCCCCGAAAAGCGGGGGAGACGGCAAGUCCGAGGGAGCGAGCGGCACCGCCAGCUGCACGCCGCCGCAAGGCGGGAACGAAGACUCUGCCCUGAUCGAGACCCUGAUGGAUGACAUGGAUGGCGCCAUGGAAGCGGUGCUGAGCCAGGCGGAAUCCCUCGGCAGCAUCGCCGUGGCGAACGAACGCGAGACUAUGGCCGCACUCGCUGCAUACGCACAGCAGCAGCUUGGCCCAGCGGUGCUGAGCAGCCCGCUGUCCUCGGGGUGGCUGUUCUUCUUGGCGGGAAGUCUCGUUCGGCAGGUGUUGAAUAACCUCAACGACGACGCCGUGGACAGCUGCUGUGACUUCUUUAUGUUUUGCGUUGAUUGCGUCAAUCACCGCCGUCUCACGGGCGGCACCAUUGUCAACAUCAGCCACGACUCCGCGGUCAACACCACGUUAGGGAACUUUGUAGAGAAGGGCAUUCUUCACCUGCUCGCGCACAUGCAGCAUGUUUUGGGUGAGAGCCGGCAGAACUCCUCUACCGGUCGUAUUCUGGUGAAUUUGUUCCAGUCACGUGCACGACUCUUUCAGUUUGUGCUUGAUAACACGGGAGGGAACAUGCUACGCAGCCCGCAAGGGACCGCCGAUGAAGAAACGGCUGAAAUCAUGCGGGCGUCUAUUGACAUCAUCGACGACGCGGUUCGCGAGGUGCCCUCCUCCGUUCUUGCGGAGGUUUCCUUUGACCUGCCACCGGUCGUACAGCUUCCCCUCGCACAGAGCAUCAGCACGUACAAGCUGCGGACGCAGAUGUAUCACAUACUAUGGCCACUGAACGUUGUGAGCCGUGGCCCUGCAGCUGGACUGGCGGCUACGACAGCGAUGGCCACGCUGACAGCGGCGGCAGUGACAAGAAAUACACCACCGAGGUCCUGCAGCGCUUUUUGCGGCCGAUUACCUUGUGCAUGCGAACGACCAUGA